GUGAGUAUGCAUGAUCUUAAAAGAGGACAUAAUGCAUCAAACCCGGCAACGGACUCGACUUCCAGCAGUGCAACAAAGACAACAGCUGUGGACCAAGACACAACCGAGCUCAUGGCACGUUUCUUUGUCAGCCAAGGAAUUGCGUUAGAAUGUGCUCAGGAAUCACCUUUCCAAGAGCUCAUAAAACAUAUUAGCCCAAACUGCAUGGUUCCAAAAACAGAUGAGCAGACGAGGGCUAUGGACAAAAUUUGUUCAGCUUCAAAGCCACUAGUCAAUUACCAAAAGACUGAUGGGCCACUCAGUGCUACCAUUGACAUCACAGGAGAAAAGGAUCAAAAAUAUAUUGCGCUUUCCAUUCACUACUUUGAGGAUUUGUACGAGCGCAAAAGUGCAGUUUAUUUGCGGAAGUUGAUACUCGGGACGUAA